UUAUGAUAAGAUGAAAGCAGAGCAGAGGAAAGAAGAUGAAGAGGCCAGAAGAUCUGAAAUGCAGAGUGAACUAAAAGCCGUGCAGAAAGAAUAUUUGAAAGCCAUACGUGGACCCAAACAGAAGAAGAAUCAACAGGAGGAAGAACUGUCCGAUGCUAUGAAGAAGUACUCAGCGUUGGAGUUCAAAUUCGAGAUUCAAGUCAAGGAUUUUGUUGAAUUCAAGGAUCCCAAAAGAGAAGAGAGAAUUGGAGCACCGCAUGUAGAGAAGUUUUUGGCUAAACUACAGGAGACAUCCCGAGGUGAAGUUGAAAAAUGA